AAUUCUCUAGUGGGCAGGCCAAAGAAAGAUCCCUUUUUUUUCUUUUUUUCCUUUUUUUUUCCCCCCUUUCUUUCUUGUUGCCUUCUAUAACCUCUAAUUUGCAUCUUCCAUGAAAGCUUCUUCUCUUCACCAAAAAUGGAGCCCAAAAUCCUUCCUUUUCUCUUCCACUAAACCCUAAUAGCCAAGCCCUUUUUUUUUUUAAUUUCUAUUUCUAAAGAAAAUAAGAAAUUAGUGUUUUUAGGGUUUUCUCUCUCUCUCUCUCUUUUUUUUUUUUUUUUGUAAAAAAACAUUUCUCAAUGUCCAAAAUCUCAGGGUGUUCUGAUGAUGGUGGGAGCUUUGUUUCUGAUGGUGAGAAAUUAGAGAAUCAGUUCAGCCAUGGAAGCUCUCAAUCCCAUCAAUACCCUCAGCUAAAAGCUCCCAAGAAGAAAAGGAACUUGCCAGGAACACCAGAUCCUGAUGCGGACGUGGUAGCGUUAUCUCCAAAAACUCUUAUGGUGACGAAUCGAUUCAUUUGCGAAAUAUGCAACAAAGGAUUUCAAAGAGACCAAAACUUGCAACUGCACAGGCGAGGGCAUAACCUACCAUGGAAGUUGAAGCAAAGGACGAGCGGGAGCGAGACAAAGAGGAAGGUGUACGUGUGCCCAGAACCGUUGUGCGUCCACCAUGAACCGGCGCGGGCGCUCGGAGACCUCACCGGAAUCAAGAAACAUUACAGCAGAAAACAUGGGGAGAAGAAGUGGAAAUGUGAGAAAUGCUCCAAAAAAUAUGCAGUUCAAUCUGACUUGAAAGCUCAUUCCAAAACCUGUGGCUCCAAGGAAUACAAAUGUGACUGUGGCACAAUCUUUUCCAGAAGAGAUAGCUUUAUCACCCACAGAGCAUUUUGUGAUGCCUUAGCACAAGAAAACAACAAACUAUCUCAUCAAGUAUCAACAACAAUGGCUUCCACCGCCAUUAAUGCACCUUCCUUUCUUUCUCAAUCCCCCGUCCUUUUGCCGCCAUUAACGCUGCCCCAUGACCUUAUGCCUAUUCCUCCAAAGCCCUUAAACCUAUCUGUUGGAUCCAUGUUUUCAUCUUCCAUUUCCAAUAACUCCACCACCGCCGCCAACGACGGCCACCACUUUCCCUCCCCCUCUGCCUUCAUGUCUGCCACCGCCCUUCUGCAGAAGGCAGCUCAGAUGGGAGCUGCCGUUAGCGGUGGUGGAAACUCUACUCUUUGUUUGGACUCGUCGAUGAGCCAUGAGAAGAAAGGAUUUGUAACAACCAUGGCUCCCUCUUCCUUCUGUGGGCUAUUAGCUACCAACUGUUUGCAAAAAUGUCAAGAAGAAAACAUUUUGUCCCAUCUAUCUUCCAAGGGCAAAGCUGCGGACACGGAGAUGAUCGUCGACGACAACAUUCCGAUGCUGAACGGAGUGUUCGAUCAGCCGCUCGUGGAGGCGGCGAGGACGAAGACGAUGACACUAAAUUUGUUGGGGGCUGAGGGAGGAAAAGGAAUGACAUUUCAAGCACAAGAAAAUGUGGGGUUUGGAGGGCUUGUGGAGAAUAUGAGUUACUUUAGAAACCAAGGAGCCAAUAUGGGAAGGAAUAUUUGGGAGAUUUAAUAGUUUGAGAGUGAAAGCAAAGGCCAUGUGAUUUGUGAUGUUUUUUUUAAUAUAGUUCUCCUCCUUGUUAGAAAAUAUUAAGAAACAUUUUUUCCUUUUCAAAUGACAAUUAUGGAUAAUUUUAUAUGCU